CAACGUGGAAACAACAAACUUCCCCAGCACGUGUGGACGCGGUGCAUUGUACAGAAAACCUCAGCACCGAGGAGCGGGGUGAGUGGAGGAGGAUGAGUCUAACACUUUAACGUACAUGGAUGUGACAGAGGAGAUGUACCAGUCUGACAUGAAUGCGAUGGAGAAAAGGAUCGUAAAUAUUAAGGAGGAGCACUGUGAACGGGAAUACGCCUAUCAUCAACCGAAGAGUCUGUGCAUUAAGAAUAAAGAUUGUGAGCAGGGGACAAUGGGCAUUAAGGAAAAGGCUGGGGAGAAGCCUGUCAUCUGUGGCAUACAGAAACAAGUCAAGGAGGAAGAUCUUCAGUCCGAGUCCGGCCAUUUGCCUGGAUGUAGAGAUGGAGGUGUAAGGGGAUCAAUCUCCCCUCGGGGUAAAAGAUGUCCCAUUCAGGAGCAUUCUGUCAGCAAGAAGUCAGAUUUUUACUCUGAUGCAAAGACCACUCGGGAAACAUCACAGAGAGCACCAGGAGGCCAGUCAUCACCUACGAAUCAGUCUGGAGAAGACACAAAGCUGAAUCUCCGCUUUUCUCCAUCUUUACCCAUUGAGACUUCACAUCAGGACAACCCACAACAAACACUGCAUGGUGAAAAUAUGAAGAAAUCAACAUCUGGGUCAGAGACUUUGAAAAGAUCCUUUUUGCAGAUAAGUUCUCAUCCUAUUUUUUUUUUCAUUAAUAACAAUCCACAACGGGUGAAUAGUGCAAAUCCAGAAGCUGUGCAUGUCUGUCAAGAGCAAAAGAGAAGUCUGAAAUGCCAAACUAGAGACAAAGGCAGUCAGCAGAACAAUACAAGUCAAAGAAUCUAUGGCUGUUCUGAAUGUGGGAAAGGAUUUGCAAGAAGAACACAUCUUAAGAGCCACACACUAAUUCAUACUGGGGAAAAACCCUAUUGCUGUGCUGAAUGUGGGAAAGGAUUUGCAAGAAGAAUACAUCUUAAAAUCCACACACUAAUUCAUACUGGGGAGAAACCCUAUUGCUGUACUGAAUGUGGGAAAGGAUUUGCAAGAAAAAUAUAUCUUGAGAACCACACAAGAAUUCAUACAGGUGAGAAACCCUAUUGCUGUUCUCAAUGUGGCAAACGAUUCACCGGAAGAGAAGGACUUUACAGCCACAAGAGAACUCACAGUGGGGAAAAGCCUCACUGUUGUUCCAAGUGUGGUAAAUAUUUCUCAAAAAAGAAGAGUCUUCAGGAACAGAAAAGAAUUCAUACUUGUGAAAAACCCCAUUCCUGUUCUGAAUGUGGGAAAAGAUUUGCAAGGAGAACACAUCUUGAGAACCACACACGAACUCAUACUGGGGAAAAACCCUAUUGCUGUGCUGAAUGUGGGAAAAGAUUUGGAAGAAGAACACAUCUUGAGAACCACACACGAACUCAUACUGGGGAAAAACCCUACUGCUGUUCUGAAUGUGGGAAAGGAUUUGCAAAAAGAGAGUGUCUCAAAUACCAUGAGAGAAUUCAUACCGGAGAAAAACCUUAUGUCUGCUCUGAAUGUGGGAAAGGGUUUUCAAGAAAACGGCAUGUUAAGAUCCACAUGAUCAUUCAUACUGGGGAGAAGCCAUAUGGCUGUUUGGAAUGUGGCUGGAGAUUCUCAGAAAACAGACAACUUAAGAAGCACAUGGAAAAACACAAUGGGGGGAUGUCUUGAUGGAGGGUGAAGAAUAAGAGAAUGAAGGAAGAAGUGAAAUAUAACUCUCCAAACUAGUUUUAACGGGUACCUUCAUGUGGUAGGCUGCAUUAUACUGAAUCUCUUCAAGGCGAAACUACUCGUAUAGUAUGAGGACCCAAUAAAGUCCUUCAUAAUGGCUACUGGCUUCAUGAUAUUAACUUUGACACCGCACAU